AUGGGACGAUCAAUAUGGCAGAGUUUUCAGUAUCCUGCAGACUCAGUCUUACCAAAUAUGAAGUUCAUUCUUAACAAUAAUCCUGAAUUCAGGAAAGUCGUGCAGGCCUGGAAAAGUCCUUCAGAUCCAUCAGUUGGAAGGUACUCAGUUGGUGCGAAUGAGACUUUGUUGCCUCGUUAUGUAAUAAUUGAUCAAGGGAUAUUAGCUGAAAGUGGUGGGAUGAUAGCAAGAAGAACAGGGGAAUUGCGUGGCAUGCCCCGGAAAAAUAUAUGUGACACCUAUGUAUGUGUGGAGAAUUUGGAAACUGCAACCCGCAGACUAAACCUAUGUGCAGCUGCUUAA